CCCUCUCCCUCGUUCUGGCUCUGUUGCCAAGGCUACCAUAUAGCCUCUUGCUGCAUAUACCUAGACGAGGUUGUCGCUUGUGGAUCUUUCGCUCUCCUCCAGGAAACAAACAAAAGAAAACCCGUCACAUACACUCUCUCUCUCUCACACACACACACACACACAUACACACACACAUACACACACACACACACACACACACUGAUAAAGGAAAAAAGUAUUUUCAGAUUGCGUUGUGUAGAAGGGUUGAGCUGAGAGGGAGGAAGGAUGGUAAUGUGAAGAGAAACACACCCAGGACUGAUUCCUACAGCAUGGCCAACAACUGGUGGUUGCCACAGGAUACAGAAUUUGACUUGAUCAUGUGAUCUGUCUUCCUUCCUGUACCCUUAGACCUUCCAGAGGGGCAUCAUGACCAGACGACUGAGCAGCUCGACCCGUUCCCAGACGGAGGACUCCGUCUUCCUAAAGCCAGACGAAGACCCCAUAUGGCUGGAUGACACUCCAACGACAGACGGCGACCCCUCUCAACCAGGAGAUGGCCCCCCGGGCCUUGAUGAACCCCCAGGACCAGGGACAGGUCCCCCAGGGCCCCAGAGACACCCAGAAAAACUGUGGAGGGACAAGUUUUACACCAUCGUCAUGGGGAUGCACUGGUGUGCCGUGUUCUGCACAAUCUCCCAAAUCACGGGUUAUUGGGCCUUCUUCGUGGUGGAUGGUAAUAGGCUUUUCUCAGCCUUCUACAAAUCCCUGCAGCUCCUCGACUUCUACCUGGGCGUCCUCCUAUCAUUCAACCCUGUGUUUGGAGUGGACCAGUCCCUGUGCGUGAUGGUGGAGGUGGAGAAAACCAAUAACUACUGGGUCCUACAGGCCACCGAAGGCAUUGGCAUGGCUAUCAUUGUCUUCAUGAUCAUGCGCACUGUGUGUAAGUUGGCGUACGGUGAUGCAUGGUGGUCAGCGGCGAUGGUGGCUGACCAUGGGGACAGACGUCAGUCGGUGAGUCGCCAGCCUUCCUUCACCCUGUCGGAGUGGACAGACGCCCAGGAGGACCUGAUGGACCUGGAAGCUGAACCCCAGACCCCCAUCUUUGACCUGGGCCUGGACACCAGGACAGAGGGGGACAUCACCACCCUCUCUGUUACACCGGUGGGCCUGCAGGAGAGGAGGGGCUCCAACGUGUCUCUGACCCUGGACAUGUGUUCUCCUGGCUGUACGGAGCCCUAUGGCUACGGAGCCCAGCUCUCCCCCAGAGACCAGACUGCCAAGGAGUACCUGAGGGAGGGAACAAACACUCUCACCCCUAGCCAGCUCCACACACGCGCUAUAGACGACCAGGCCCUACAGGCUGAGUUCUAUGAAACUCCCAUGAACUUUGUGGACCCAAAGGAAUAUAACUACCCGGGCCUGGUGAGGAAGAACCGCUACAAGACCAUCCUCCCCAACGCACACAGCAGAGUGAUACUCCGGACAGCAGAUGAAGAGGAGUUCCUCAGUACCUACAUCAACGCUAACUACCUACAGGGUUACGGGGGUGAGGAGCGGGCGUACAUCGCUACCCAGGGUCCUACAGUCAACACAGUGGGAGACUUCUGGAGGAUGGUGUGGCAGGAACGCUGUCCCAUCAUCGUCAUGAUCACUAACCUAGAGGAGAAGAAUGAGAAAUGUGCAGAGUACUGGCCUGAGGACUCUGUGACCCACGAGGGCAUCGAGAUCAAGGUUGUCACGGUAACCCAGGAGGACGACUACAGCCUGAGGGUCUUCACUCUGAAGUUUGAUGGAGAGGAGCGCAGCCUCAGGCAGUACUGGUACACCUCCUGGCCUGACCAGAAGACCCCAGACAAAGCCCCGCCCCUCCUGGAGCUGGUAGAGGAAGUGGAGCAGGCCAGAGCGGAAGCUCCGCCCACCAGCGGCCCUGUCAUCGUCCACUGCAGUGCUGGGAUAGGUCGGACAGGCUGUUUCAUCGCCACCUCCAUCCUGUGUAAACAGCUGAGGAGUGAGGGCGUGGUCGACAUCCUGAGGACCACCUGCCAGCUCCGCCUCGACAGAGGCGGGAUGAUCCAGACGGGUGAGCAGUACCAGUUUGUGCACCACGUCCUCAGCCUGUACGAGAAGCAGCUGUCCCACACUGCAGAGGAGUAGAGACACACCACUGUACUGUACCUACUGUACUGUACACUGUACCUACUUUAUUGUACACUGUACCUACUGUA